AUGGGUUAUAUUCCCCAGCACUCGCUGGAUAAUCUCAAAAAAUACAGCUACAAGGGCGUCGACAAAUCUCUGCUUUCUAAACACAUCUUGAAUCCAUUCUGGACUUGGUUCGUUACAUUAUGGCCUUUGACGAUUGCUCCCAAUACGAUAACGCUAUCUGGACUCUGCUUGGUCCUACUCAAUUUCCUCACGAUGCUGUAUUACGACCCUAAUUACUUGACGUUGAAAGGGGGAGCCACAGGCCCUCCUCAAUGGGUGUAUUUUACAUGGGGUGCCGGCCUUUUUAUGUAUCAGACUUUGGAUGCUAUCGAUGGGAAACAAGCUAGACGGACCGGUAUGGCAGGCCCCUUGGGCGAAAUGUUUGACCAUGGCUGCGAUGCUUUAAAUACUACAUUAGAAGUUAUUCUCGCCGCUCAGGCUCUUAAUCUUGGCCGUUCAUGGUGGACAGUGGCUUCCCAAAUGGCCACACUCGCGAACUUCUAUCUCACCACCUGGGAGGAGUAUCACACCGGACAGCUGUACCUGGCUGCGUUCUCUGGUCCGGUGGAGGGUAUUCUCCUGAUCGUUGGCAUCUACGUCAUCUCGGGGAUAUAUGGUCCUCAGUUCUGGGACGUUGGGAUCCUGACGUUCACGCGUCUGGAUCGAAUUCCGUUUCUCGAACAGAACAUCCCUAACAUUGGCCUCAAUGAAUCCUUCAUGGUCUUCGGUGCCUUCGGGGUUGCUUUCAACAUCGCAUCCAGUUAUGCGAACGUAUGGCGUGCAACCCGUUCCGCCAACAAAUCCACGACUCGACCCUUGCUAGGCCUGCUUCCAUACGUCUUCUCCGCAGCCCUGCAAGUGAUUUGGCUGGCUUCUCCUUCGUACUACAAUUCCGUCAUCAUCCAUUCUCGCAUAUUCGUCCCCUUCCUAUGUGCUUGGGGAUUGCAAUUUGCCCAUACCGUUGGGCGUAUGAUCCUAGCUCAUGUCACCAGUUCCGAAUUCCCCAUGUGGGAUUGGAUGUGGAUGUGGAGUUUCGUAGGUGCCGUUGAUGCCAACCUUCCUCUUAUUCUGGGACGACCACCUAUCAUCCAGUCGAGCCCGCACAACGUCGCACUCUUCGUCUAUACCACUCUGGCGUUGUCUUUCUUCGCGUACGCGCGGUUCUGCGUGCUCGUUAUCAACGAUAUCACGGAGUACAUGGGCAUAGCUUGUUUCACCGUCAGGAAGAAGGACAAAGAAGGACAUUGGCAAAUGACGAAACUCGCCGCGGACGGAAUAGCGAAGACGGCAUAA